AUGGACAGCAUCUGGAUUGUCCCAGCUGGGGUGGAUCUACUGACCAGAACACUUCACUCUGCAGGGGUUUCCAUACUGGAGCAGGUGGUUGUACAGACUUUGGAGGACCACCACCAGGAGGUGCUGUCUCUCUACAGAGACUAUGCGUUUGCUGGUCUGAUUGCUCAGGAUUCUGAGUUUGCCCUCUGCAACGUUCCCGCCUACUUCUCCUCGCACGCUCUCAAACUGAGCUGGAAUGGCAAGAACCUGACCACACACCAGUAUCUGCUGUCUGAGGCCGCCAGACAGCUGGGGCUGAAGACGCAGCAUCUGCCCUGCUUUGCUGCUCUGCUGGGAAAUCAUAUUCUGCCUGAUGAGGACCUGGCCGCCUUCCAUUGGAGUCUGCUGGGACCAGAACACCCACUUGCUUCUCUCAAGGUGCGAGCUCAUCAGUUGGUGCUGCCGCCCUGUGAGGUGGUGAUCAAGGCAGUCUCAGAGUACGUCUCCUCCAUCAAAGACCUAGGAAACCUCGACGGCAUCGCCAGAGAUGUCUUCAAACAGUCACAAUCUCGUAUGGAGGACAAGGUGGAGCGAUUUAAGAAAGCUGUGGACUAUUUCUCAGCUGCCUCAAAACCACGUUCACCCACUAUGGGGCCCUCCGCUUUCAUCUUACAUGGGUUUGGACCCGCUCCGUUUGGGGGACCACCUGGCCACAUGGGACCGAUGCAGCCUGGAAAGAAUCAGUUCCCUCUUCCCCAGGUUCCAGGAUUCAAACCACCCUAUCAAAAUGCUCCAUAUGGACCUGGCCCCACCCCUCUGUUCCAGAACCCGCCUCCACCGUCUCAAGACUGCAACGACUCGUUGACGGGCAAGAUGGGCUUCUCUGACUGGUCGGCUCCAUAUGAUUCCACUCAGACGGGAAGUCGAUUACCUAAUCAUCACACGGGCAAUCAGUCCGGGCCUUCUCCGUCGCCUUCCUCGUCAUCAGAUGGAGAUGAGCCCAAUGACAGCAACGCAAACCAUUUGACGGACAAACCCUCACGGUGGGAUGAUUCUGCCGGAAGGGGGGGCUCUGCCUCUGGGGAUGGUUCCCAAGGCAAUGGGAGCGGAUCAAACAUUCCGUCACUGUUGUCUAUGGCGACGCGGAGUCACAUGGACAUAACCACACCCCCUCUGCCUCAGGUCAGUGCUGAGGUUCUUCGUGUAGCCGAACACAGACACAGAAGAGGAUUGAUGUACCCACAGAUUUAUCACAUAUUGACCAAGGGAGAGAUGAAGAUGCCAGUGUGUAUAGAGGAUGAGUGUAACUCUGAGCUGCCUCCUGCCUCGCUGCUGUUCCGUGCUGCCAGACAGUAUGCCUACGGCGUCCUCUUCAGUCUGGCCGAAACACACCGCCGCUUGGAGAGGCUUGCAAUCCGAAAGAGGGCUCCCCUGGAAGUUCCUCCUGUGAUUGUCAAAGAGUGGAGUAGUGGUAAGGCUAAGUCCGCUCUGACUCCGGAGCUGGUUCCGGCCCUUUGUUUCCGGGAGUGGACCUGCCCCAACCUGCGGCGUCUGUGGUUGGGUCGGGCCAGUGAGGACCGCUCCAGGAGAACUAGGGCCUUCCUGGCCUGCCUUCGCUCCGACUGCCCAGCGCUACUCAACCCAGCACAGGUUCCACAGCAUCUGCUGCUCAUGUGCUGCGUGCUCAGGUAUUUGAUGCAGUGGCCUGGAGGAAGGAUCCUGCAGAGACAUGAGCUUGAUGCCUUCCUGGCCCAGGCCGUUUCCAGCCAGCUCUAUGAACCUGACCAGCUCCAGGAGCUGAAGGUGGAGAAGGUGGAUGCCCGAGGUGUGCAGCUGGCUGCUCUCUUUAUGGCCGGCGUUGAUACAGCGCUGUUCAUCAAUGAUGUGUGUGGCCAACCAUUGCCGUGGGAACACUGUUGUCCCUGGGGCUUCUUUGACGGAAAACUGUUUCAGAGCAAACUGGCCCGGGCCUCCCGCGACCGAGCCGCCCUGCUGGACAUGUGUGAGGGGCAGGAGGAGCUGGUGUCCAAGGUGGAGAAGAUGCGUCAGGCGAUCCUCGAAGGCAUUAACCUGUCCCGCCCCCCUCCUCCUCCUCCCCCUCUCCCACCACCUGCCUUCUUGCCCCCUGCUAUGGUGCCCCCCUUCUACCCCAUGCCUCCUCUCUACCCGCCUCGCCCCAUGGGUGGAAUGCCCCCACAUCAUCACCCACAUCACCCUGCCCAACACAGACCUAGAGCCUUCCCAGGUAUUCAGUCCAUCCCCCCUCAGGGAGGAAAACUGGAGAUAGCUGGGAUGGUGGUGGGACAGUGGGCCGGGAACAAACCAAUCCGUGGGAGAGGAGGUUUCAACAUGCAGGUGGUUUCAGUGGGAGCAGGGAAGGGGAGAGGUAAAGAGAUUCCAGCUAAACUAAGGGGAGGGAAAAAGGCACCUGCCAACAGAACACAGCUGUCAUCGCCCCCCCCAGCCAGCAGCCCCCCAAAGCUCUCAGAGGAGGCAGGCUCCACGUCAGAGGUCGCAAGUCAGCAGCUGAAUGGCAGCUCAGCGGCCUCCGCCAUUGGCCAAUCCUUGGAGCUGGCCCCCCUGGCCCAGCCAAUCCCUUGUGCCUUAGCCACCAGAGACAACCAAUCAGAAGGGGUGGAAGUGGAGGCCCCCUGUUGCCUUGACGACUGCCCGUCAGACGGAGCACUACAGAAGGAGGAGUGAUGGCAUCCUUCCUGGGAUGCACAGCUCUGAGAGAGUUAUCUGUGUUUGACUGCCUUUCCCUGUUUUGUAGCCCCGCCUCCUAACUGCACAUGAUCACAUGAAGCAGGAGGGGACUCGAGGCUCCUCCUCCUGCUCCCUGCUGCUGCAUGUGAUUGGCUGAAGCAGUUAGCCGUUACUCCCUUUUUUUUCUCAUGUGGUUUUACAAUGUUUUAUGAAGAGAGGUUUUCUCUAUGAGUCUGUAAGCGCCCCCCCCCCC